AUGCAAAACGUAGACGUAGAAACAAUUAUUAUAUUUGUCUGUAAUAAUUUGCGGCCAUCAGAUCUUGCGAUGGCAUGCGUGUGCAAAACUUUCAAAAGUAUUCUAGACGAAAAUAUCAUUCCAUUAGCAGGAGAAAUCUGGAGAAAUUCUAGAAAUAAAAUUAUAAUUUUUCGAAAAAUGGAACCGCCGUCAACAAUGAAUCGAAAAACUUUUACGAGACUAUUAACCGUAGAAAACAGUUGUCAGUUUUGUCAAACUAAAGAGACGUUUAAAUUAUAUUGGAUUCCUGGUGUUCGCUCUUGCGAGAAAUGUACCAAAGAGCUACUAGCAAUCGUUCAACAGCUAAGGAAAUUACCUAUGUGCCCAAGUUUCAGAAAUCACCAAUUUUUAACUACUUUAAUUAAAGAAGCCGAGCAACUGAACGCAGCAGUGACAGUGGCUCCAAACUUUCUUGAACCGGACGGAGCAAUAAAAACUGUUUCCGGAUAUACACUUUUGGACAUAUCUAAUAAGAUUGAUAUGCAGUGCAUUUCGCUCAGCAAAGCCAAAUGCAGAAUACCAAAGACAUCAAUUAAUCAGCGCAAUGAUUGCCCCUGCAAGCCAACUGUCCGCUUGAUACUAGAAUCGUAUCGUACUGACUCUCAAUUUGGUCCAGAAUAUUUAGAAUCCUCAAUUAGCAAUUUUUUUGAUUCUGAAAUUCAUGAAAAUGUUAGAGUUGCUGCUCAAACCGUUAUACGAAGGAAUGUUAUUCCUUCUUUACCUCCACGGCAACAAUUAACACCUUUAAACCAAACUGCUGGUGCUCGACCAUUAAAUCAAACAGGUAGAACUUCAAAUAAUGAUCAGCAAAACUCUAGACGCAUAUCGGUAAACUACGACUCUCUACCAAUGCAAAGCAAUCCUUUAGUUCAAUCAACGCAGCAAGAUUUGCCUGUUUCAGAACCCAGGCAACAAAUACCUCCGACGUCAGCAUUAAAACCUUCAGAUCAGAGAACUACUAUCGACAAUCCUAAAAAGUUACGAAUGUGGUUAUAUUUAUCUGCGUUGCCAAACUUUGAGAAAGCCAUUCAGAAUAGAAAUGCCGACCUAGGAUUUCCUAAUUCGCCUCAUUUUAAGGAAUUGCCCGAAAAGUUAGCAACCCCUUUAUGUAAUUCAAUUAACUUUGAUGAACUAAAGGACUGCUAUUAUCUUUCUAAUCGAUUACUUAAAAUUGAGCCCUCGGGAAGAAAUCUUUUCAAUCUAUUGCUUUAG